AUGAGUGAAUUCCCUUAUGACGUACUUAUGAAUUCUGCAAAAGAAUACAAUAAUACUUUGUGCAGAUUAUUUAGGUUACAAAUAUCAAGUGAUAGCGAUAUCAAUGCUUUUUUCAAAGAAUUAGAUAAUCAAAUUUCGAAGUAUAUUGAAGGUUAUUAUGGAUAUGAUUUUCUUCGUAUAAUUUCAAAUGCUAUCAAAGGGAAUAAUCGAUAUAUUAAGUCUUAUUUGAAAUUAAUGGGUAGAUUUGUUCAAAAAUAUCCUCAGUAUCAUUGGAAAAAUAUUUCAUCAAUUGGUGAAUACAUUUUAGAUAAAUAUUUUUGGAUUAGAUUAACUAAACCAAAUCAAACAAAAAUCAGUCACUUAUUAAAAUCACUUAUUUAUGAUGAUGUGAAAUUACUUGCUCCUCUCACAGAAGAAGACAGUUUUUCUCAUACUGAUAGCAUCAAAUUUAAUGACUUUCCAUGUGUGGAAAGACAAUUAUCUCUACUUGAAACAUGUUGUUAUUACGGCUCAGUUAAUUGUUUCAAGUUUUUGAGAACAAAAUUCUCAUCAGAAAUCACAGAAUUAUGUCUUCAACUUUCAUUUUUAGGAGGAAAUCCUGACAUUAUGAGUGAAUGUUUGAAACAUCACAAGCCAGAUAAGAAAUGCAUGCAAUAUGCAAUCAUGUCUCACAACAUAGAUUUCGUUACAUUUCUCAUGAACGAACAUGAAAUUCCAAUUGAUGUAGACUAUUGCAUAAGAUAUGAUAAUAUCCAAGCAUUUUUAAUUCACUAUGAUCAAACAAAUGAUAUCGCAGGAUUCAUAGCUAAAACUAUUGAAUACCCUUUUGUUUGUGAAUUCAUUCUUUCCGCAUUGCCUGAAAUCGAUAAAAAAUACCAAGGAAUUCUUUACUGUGCUAAAACAAUUUUAACUAACCGCUAUCACUACACUAACGAAGAAUAUUAUGAUUUCAAAGAUGAUUCCGGAAAAACAAUUUUACAUUAUGCUGCCAUAUAUUUUCGUGAUGUUGAUUUUGUUUAUUGUGAUGAUUUUGAUUAUUGUGAUGAUUUUGAUUAUUGUGAUGAUUUUGAUUUUUUAUCCAAUUCAUCUCUCUUCGACAUGCAAGACAAUGAAGGGAAAACUGCUCUUUAUUAUGCAGCAAUUAAUGGUAACAAGAAUUUUGUAAAGUGGAUGGCUGAUAGAGCAAAUUUUGAAAUAAGUGAUAAUGAAGGGAAGAUACCUCUUCAUUAUGCAGUAAUAAGUGGUAAUGUGAAAACGACAUUAGAAGUCAUAGAAAAUACCUAUUGUAUAAGAAAAAGAGAUAACAAUUCGAAGUUUCCUCUUCAGUAUGCCGUCAAUGAUACAAGAAUGUUCGAAUCCCUUGUUUUUGAUUAUAAUACACGAGAGAAGUAUUACGAACUAGAAGAUGCUUUGGAAUGCUACCAAGAUGCAAAUACAGACAUACGAAAUUUCAUUUCGAAUUGGUAA